UGGCGGGGCGGGGCGCGCCACUGCGCCGGGCGGCGAUGGCGGCGGACGGGGACUGGCAGGAUUUCUAUGAGUUCCAGGAACCGGCCCGGAGCCUCCAGGACGAGGAGAACUGUAACGCGAGCCCCGAGGCCGGCGCAGGGCCGGGCGGGGGAGGCGACGGCUUCCCGGCGCUGGCCUGCAGCUUGGAGGAGAAGCUGAGCCUGUGCUUCCGCCCCUCGGGUCCGGGCGCCGAGCCCCCGCGGGCGGCCGUGCGGCCCAUCACCGAGUGCAGCCUCCUGCAGGGGGACGAGAUUUGGAAUGCCCUGACAGAUAAUUAUGGAAACGUAAUGCCUGUGGACUGGAAAUCAUCCCAUACCAGGACCUUGCAUUUGCUUACACUGAACCUCUCAGAAAAAGGGAUAAGUGACAGUUUGCUCUUUGAUACAUCAGACGAUGAGGAGCUGAGAGAACAGCUGGAUAUGCAUUCAAUCAUCGUCUCCUGCGUUAAUGAAGAGCCCCUCUUCACUGCGGAUCAGGUUAUCGAAGAAAUUGAAGAAAUGAUGCAGGAAUCUCCAGACCCAGAAGAUGAUGAAACGCCCACCCAGUCAGAUCGGCUGUCAAUGCUGUCCCAGGAAAUCCAGACUCUUCAGAGGUCCAGCACAAGCAGUUAUGAAGAGAGAGUAAAAAGGCUCUCAGUCUCUGAAUUAAAUGAGCUACUGGAAGAAAUUGAGACUGCCAUCAAGGAAUUCUCUGAAGAGCUGGUGCAGCAGUUGGCCCUGCGAGACGAACUGGAGUUUGAAAAGGAAGUGAAAAAUAGCUUUAUUUCUGUUCUCAUUGAAGUGCAAAACAAACAGAAAGAGCACAAAGAAACAGCCAAGAAGAAAAAGAAACUCAAGAACGGCAGCUCUCAGAAUGGGAAGAAUGAGAGAAGUCACAUGCCCGGCACACGCUUCAGCAUGGAAGGGAUCUCAAAUGUCAUUCAGAAUGGCCUCCGCCACACCUUUGGAAAUUCAGGUGGAGAGAAACAGUACUUGACAACAGUCAUUCCUUAUGAGAAAAAAAACGGACCACCAUCUGUUGAAGAUCUUCAAAUAUUAACAAAAAUUCUUCGUGCCAUGAAAGAGGACAGUGAAAAGGUCCCGAGCUUGUUAACCGAUUAUAUACUGAAAGUUCUGUGCCCUACAUAGGGCAGCUUCAUGUCAGGAGCAGCUUUCUUUCGCGGAUUCCAAGCUAGAUUUCGUACAGCAUUGUUCUGAAAGCUGGCUACCAUUCCCUUCCUGCCAUUGGAAACUCCGCACACUUGAACUUGGGUUUGUGAUUCAGUAUUACUAGAUCAUGCUUUCACUAAUUCUUUGUAUUAUGAACCAAGAGAAGUAUGGCACUGUUCUGAAUUCUAGAGGUGUUUUGUGUUAAAUACUAACAAUUAUGAGCUCUUCUCUCCAACUUUGCAGAGGAAGAGGGAAGUCAUGUUUGUGCAUGCCCAGUUAUAUUUUUCCUGAGCUGACAGUAUGCCCAGUUGAGUUCUUACGGCUUUCUAGAUCUGAACUGCACUGAAGAACUAGAUUAAAGCAUUGAGAGAUUUAUAUCGUAGCUAUUCUUCGGUGGUGGCGAGAACCGACGCUGAUCUUUAUAAGGGGACUGUCAGGAUAAACCUUACCUACCAGUGUUGUCCAGGGAGACUGAAACGGAAACGCGGGCUGUUCUUGGAAGAAGUGGAAGCCGAAUGUGCGCUCUCCCUGGUGGGGAGCGGGCUGAUGUUGGAGGUUGCUGUGGGUUUCACCACUGUUCAGAUGUUAAUCAUUAAGUUGCCAUUCACUUUCAGAACUUUGUAUUGUUGAACUUUGGAUGUUUAUAUGUCUGCGAAGAAGUGUCCUUUACAAGGAGUUUGCGUCCCCUGAGGUGCUUUCAUGUCUGCGCAGCCGCGCCCCGCCCCCACUCCUGGUCUGUGUCCUUCAUGCGGGGGCGUCCUCCCCAAGUGCUACUCGGGGAGCAGCUACUCAUCCAUCCAGCACUGGUCCUGAAACACUUUUCUGCCAGUUCCAGUCAAGUCAUUGCCAUUUAAUAAAUGUUGGAAAAAAGGGUAAUAUAUGUUGGAGAGAUUUUUUUUUUGAGAGUUUUUGUUGUAUUUCUUAAGACUUUUCUUCCCUUGCAGUGCUAGAUUCUUCCCUUUACCAUUCUACAUGUUGUCUGUCACUGCCGUGUGUAAGCUGGUGAACCCUGAUUAGCUUCAUGAUGGUCAGGAGGGGAGAGAGAGACUUUUCCAGGUUGCCCUGGGUUGCUGUGGAAUGACCGAAGUCCUGCUCUUUUCCUCGGUCUGUGAGACAUUCCCAACAGCUACGGCAGCUCCCUCCCUCAGACCACGGGAGUGUGGGAAGAGUUACAGAGGACCUGUCAGGGCUUUAAAAUGCCCCUUCAGCAUCUGUGAGCACACAGGCCCACCCCUAGUCCUCAUUCCACUGGGCAAGUGGCACACCAGGUCUGCGAAGCAGCGGCUCAGGUUGGAGCUGGAGACCGACUUGGCAUCUCCGCGGUUACCUAGGGCUAUGUGGAGCUUGAGCUAGUUUCUUGUUUUAUCAGUGCCUUAUUUGAUAGUGACUGUGUGGGCCUUACCUCGCUCCUUGCCCUCCCAACUGAUGAAGAUGCAUACUUACACAAUACAAUUAAUAACUUCAACUAAAUUGAUCCAAAUUUGUAAAAAUUUUGCCUAUACUAAGGAAAGAGCACUUUAGAAGGCAUACGCGUCAAAAGUCCUUGAGGAUAGGUUUUUGGGGAAGAGAUUCAAGUGUUCUGUUUAUAGUUCAUUCUUAAGUAGGUGCUUCUGGAGUGUAUGAAAAAGUAUUUUUUUUCCUUUCAAUUCCCAGUCCCCUAAUAAUGAGAUUUCUCUGAUUUUGUUUGAUAAACUUGCUUCCCCAGUGGUAAACUACCAGUGUUUCCCACCUUGACCCUUCUCGCACACAUGAUGAAUGGAUUUUGAUACCAGUGAGGAGAGGAUGAGCAGGUUUCUGAUUUGUGACUGACAACAGGUAGGUUUUAAGUCUCCCUAAGAGCAGCAUCAAAGUGCCACCUACCCCGAGACGGGAUUUUGUACAAGGAUUUGCAGGGCGAGGCCUGCCCUCUGAGAGCGGCCCUGGAGCUGCUGGGCGGGGGGUGCUGGAGGGUCAGACUGACAACCUUAACACACAAGGACUGUUAGUCCUUUUUGCGAUUGAGAUUCAAAGUGCCAAGAACCCAGUUGCAAAUAAUUCCCUCAUGGCUUCGUGGUUUGAGGAAAACAAAACAAACCGUAGAACCCCAGUGCACUCCAAGUGCCAUAUAUCUAUUUAUUUUAUUCUUCAGGAAAUUAUAUUUGUUUUUCUUUUACAAGAGCACAACAGGAACCAAAGUAAAAGAGUAAUAGAUACAGCACUCAGGAUAAAUCAUAUCUUUAAAAUAAUAAUAAAAAAAUU